AUGGCGGGCCGCUGGGCCGUCACCAUCACGUCCGACCUCUCCCUGAUCUUCUGCCACUCGCGGGAGGUGCGCAGGGUGCAGGAGAUCGCGGCCGCCUGCCAGGACCAGAUGCGCGAGCUGCUGGGCUGCCUCGACUUCUUCUGCCGCUGGCAGGGCCGCGGGGACCGCCAGCUGCUGCAGAGCGGGAGGAACGCCUCCAUGGCCCUGUACAACUCCGUCUACUUCAUCGUCUUCUUCGGCUCGCGCGGCUUCCUCCUCCCCCGGCGGGCCGAGGGGGCCACCAGGGUGAGCCAGGCCGUGCUGAAGGCCAAGAUUCAGAAGCUGGCGGAGAGCCUGGAGUCCUGCACGGGGGCUCUGGACGAACUCAGUGAGCAGCUGGAGUCCAGAGUCCAGCUCCGCACCCAGUCCAGACGUGGCCACGACCUCAAGAUCGCUGCCGACCAGCCCUCGGCGCUGUUUUUCAGAGAACAUCCUUUCUCCUAAGGACGGAGGCCAGAAAGCACCCCUGUGGGAUGCUCUGGAAUUUUAGCUCCCUCGGGAAACGCCCAAAUGCGUUAGGAGCUGAGUGCAAAGGAGGAGAAGAAACUGUGCUGGAGGGGAAGGGUCCUCGCAGCCCUUCUUUUCCCGUCACCGUAACAUUCUGCUGAGGACUGUGUUAUUUUCUGAUCCUCAUGGAGUAGGUGACCUGAAAACUGUUUUUCCUUGAUCAGAAUCGUCCAGUCUUCACAUUAAUGGGCACUCGGGUUUUAAGUUGUUGGGUGGUCCCUGCCCCUGCCCAGGUGGUUUGAGCUGAGGCUGGAGAGGGUGCAGACAUGGCCAUCCUUUGGGUCCUCUCUAAGCUCUGCUUGGCUUGGAGGCCCUCAGAAGGCCUUAGUGGGGAGACACAAGCUUAAAGCCUCUCUUCCAGAGUCUCUGAGUACAGAGACCUCCAGAAUCCAGAGCAAAGUGACCCCCUCUGAACAGUGUAGGAGGGGAGGGUUCAGGAUCCAAGAGAGGCCCUUCCCUCUGACAUAAAAUCCCUUCCCCUCCCCUCUCAGCUUAUCCACUCACAGCUCCAGCCUGGGGAUGGAGUGGACCUUCCUGGGUGGCUUCAUAUUCAGGCGCUGAGAGGGGGGACCAACCCAUCUCUAAGUGCUGUCCCUUGCAGGAUGAGGCUGAGGCCAAGAAAGAUGAAGUGACUUACAGCUUCAUGUACUGACUUCCUAGUGUACAGAGAGAGCAAUGGCUUUGAGUUAGAUAGUCUUGGGUUUCUUACGUACCCUGUCACUACUUUGUGAUCUUGGCCACUUAGUCUCUCUGAGACGUGGCUUCCUGGUCAGUCAAAGAGAGAUGCCAAACCCUUACUCUGUUGUGAGUCGUAUGUGCGAUACAGUGCCUAGCACAAUGUCUGGCUCAUUAAGAGUAGCCCCUGGAUUGGCAGUAUCAGCAUCACCGGGGAACUUGUUAGAAAGGCAAAUUCUUGGACUCAGCCCCUGACUUAUGGAGUCGGACACUCUGGAGGUGCAUUUAAACAAGCCCCUGGGUGAUUCUGAUGCCUACUAAAGUUUGAAAACCACUGCAACAGAUGUUCGUUUCUGAUCCCCUCAAUGAGCUUUCACGCAAUCUCAGGGCCUCUCUAGGAGCUCCAUGGUCUUCAAACUGAAGGUCAAGGACAGACUGUGUCCCAGAAGUAAAAGAAUGUGUGUGCAUUGAUCAAUGCAUCUUGGGGCACCUUGCCGUCAUGUUAGCUAAGGGCUGUAACAUAAGAAGCCCUUUAGAGGGCAGUGUUGCCCACUCAUUGUAGAAACUGGUACAGAAAGGAAUGUGAAUUUAUUGGAAAUUGAUCUUCAUUACCUUCUCUGAAAACUGCUAGACCAUGUAUUUUUUUUAUUUAUUUUAAGUUUUUUUAUUUAUUUACUUUUUAUUAUUUGCAUUUAAUUUUAUUUAAUCGUGACAAUUAGGAAAUAAUAGGAACAGCAAGUGAUUGAGUGGGAGACUACUGAGGUUCUUUUCACGAGAUGAGGUUGAGUUUGACUUUCUGAGGCCGGUCGUGCGUUCUCCUUGAAUAAGUCUCUCUUCCCACGUGAAGUAAAUGUGGGAAGUUCUGAAUAGACAGACCCAGAGCUGAGUUUAAGCUUAUAAAUGGAGGCUUGACUUGCAGGAUGUGGAAAUGACGCAGGCAUAUUUAACCCGAAGGUACUUUGCCAGCAGAUAACACUUGACCUGAAAGGAGAAUCUGUUUAGCCCUGGGUUCUGAACUACUUUUCAGGGGAAAGCAAAACAAUUAAAGGCAUGUGAAGGAAGCACUUAGACCUCGGGAGCCUGAUGUCCUGUAACAUUGUCUUAUGGGUUAUAAACAAAAUAGCUGUGUGAUGGUGGCGAUGUGUCAUAUUUUCACAUUGGGGGCUGUAAAAAGUCUGUAAGCUGUCUCUAAGAAAGAAAAUAUAAUUUCACUUUCCAUUCCUACAACUGUAAUGUUGAAAAAUAUGUUGAAAAGUCUUUGAGGCUACAUACACAAAAACUUGGCUGUAUGAUUAAUGAUUUAGCAGGCUUCAAAUUGGUUCCGUUUUCUCCCAGGCUUCCCAAUGAUGGCCGUGUGUCUGAGGAAGUACAAUGUCAGUGCUGGGGCGAGGUGGUUGGUGGUUCUAAAUUUUAAUUUUUCCUAUAAAUUUCAAUCUAUAUGUAUCCUGGUUUGUUUUCAAGUUUGUACUGGUUUCUUUUUAAACUGGUGUCAUUUCCUAGACUACCCUGCACAGAUGCUAGCAUUUUAGGUCACCAGAAUGUACUUCAUGUUGUCAUUUUGUGCUAUGUCAUAAAGGUACAACCACUCCCUAACUCCAUCUUCUAUUAAUGCUUAAGUUUGAAUUAUAUUCUUCCAAUGCCCGAGCUGUUCCCUAGAAAUAUAUGGGGCACUUUUGGCAGCAGCAGCAGCAAACAUUUCCUAUCAUUAGGGUAUUUUGACUAUAUCAAAGUCCUAGGCCCACUUUACAUCUAAGGAAGAGUGUCUACUUUGGAACAACACUUUGAAUAAUAAUUAUUCAAAUGCAUUUGAAUAAUUUAAUGAAAUGCUUAGCUAUUUUAAUAGGAAUUUACUGAUAAUGAAAGACUAUCCAUCCUCUACAUGCCUAUUAUAAAGACUGGAGCCUCUAUCAGGAUUUAGUCAAGUUCAGUUCAAUGGAUCCUAGAGACAAAUAUUUAUUUCUUUUGUGGGAAUGUGAAUAAGGCUUUUCCUUAUGGCCUACAUGCUACAAACAAGCAGAUUGGAAUGGUAUGUUGCAACAAGAAGGAGGGAAAGGAGUAUUUAGAUCACAAGCAUACUCCAGAAAAAUGUCCCGAGUUUGAAAAAUAAAUGUGUUUGUACUAAAGGCUUA